AUGGCAAACUCCAUCAACAACAAUUUUCUGGGAAAUCAGAAGAGACGAAAUUUUAUCUACAACCCGGUUGCAUCAUGCUCAAGAGUAAGCAAUCCGCUUGAACCUCAGCAUAGGAACUCGGCAAGUGUUGUCCAUGCUCAAUCAGUGGUACGAACCCCUGUACAUCGGGAAUCACCGCACAAAAAGUUUAAAAGUUGUCAUAGCUUAUCUGACAGAAAAGCAGAUGAUAUUGUGGCACAGGAAGCUUGUCGUGACCUUCCACUCGAUGCUUUUGAUGACGAAGAGUUUUACACUUUGGAAGAUGACCUCGACGACAACGAUCUUUUGACAGCUGAACAUUUGGACGAAUGUGAUCGACCCGCUUCAUCCAAUUUACAUCCACUACACCAACAGCAAAGUACUGCUGGUAGAAAUGUCACUGUUUCCUCGAACGUGGGUCUUGAUGAGAAUCACGAAGUCAAGUGUACACAAGAUUAUGUCUCUUUAGCUAAUUCAAUGGAAUUACAUGCACCUAAUAAUAUCAAGCCCUUGGUAAAAGGUGAACCAUUCUUGAAUUCACUCGUGGACCAGCGUAAUGGGGUAGUUUCUAUACAAAGUAGUGAUGUAGGUGGGAACAAUGAUCGAAAAGUAGAAAGAGGUAAUUGUCUUGUGCCAAGGCCCUCAGAAGGUGGUCAGCCAACAGAAAUGCACAACUUGAAAAAAGAAAUUGAAAAACUCAAAACUGAGAGUGCUGCUGCAAACUCUGCAGUGAAAAGACUGGAAGAGGAUAAAUUCUGUAAAGAUGGAGAAAUUAAGAUGUUACGUGAUUCUCUAGCAGAUUAUCAAGCAGACGAGAAGAGAAGGCAAGCAGAGAAAAAAGCUGCAGAUGAAAAACAAGCUAGAGAACAGAGUGAUAGAGAAAGAGAAUUGCUUAAACAAGUUGAAAACUUAACUACUCAAAUCUCUUUCAAAGAACAAGAAAUUUCACAAAUGAUAGAACAGAACAAAAAAAGAACAGGGUCUUUGACAGAUGGAAGUUGUAACAGCCCAAAAAGGAAACCAGUCAAUAUCAGUGAAACUUUUCCAACUGGUAAAUCAUUCUUCCAGAAAACAUCUCCAGAAAGCAAAGUUAAAUCACCAAGGACAAAAGGGAUUGAAAAGGAUGUUAAAACCCUGAGCAAACAGAACUCACCAAGAUUCUCUGAGGGAGAAAAUUCGGAAAACGCAGGACUCAGUGGCUCUUCCAGUAGCAGUUCUACCGUGGACAUAAUGAGGGCCCAUAGAAGAGAUAAUCAUGCUGCUGAAAUAGCCAUUACACAAUUACUUGUUGAAAAAUUUGCAGAAGUGGAACUUGUACAAAACUUGUUAUCACCACAAGAAAAAGAUCAGCAGCACAUCCUUCAGGAACAAGAUGGCUGUGAUAGCAUCCUCUCUCUUCUGACAAAUUGUUCAAAUGUUUACCCUACAUCUUCCAUACCGAAAACCUCUAUGAAUGAGACAGAUGUCACACAUACUUUGAGACUGUUUGAAACUCAGGCUGCCUCAAAAAUAGCCAGGUCUACAAGUGGUGUCACUCAGAAAGAUUCUUUUGUUAUGUCUGACAGCAGUUCUGUGAUGCAAACUUUAUCUGGGCUUCUAAAUUAUCACCAAGAAGGAAAUGAUGAAAGUGAAGAAAAAACCUUAAAUUCUGUUUUAAAAAAUCGUCAUUUGCCAGCAGCAGUUAAACUUCUACCCUUACUGGAGAACUACAUUGCCUAUUAUGUCUAUCAAAGGACAGAACACCAUGAUGAAAACAUUGUCAGUACUUGUUUGCCAAGAAAUUCUCCAACAAAUGACUCUGCAGAGUCUAGAGAAAGUCUAUUUCUUGAAAGUGAACAUGCAAAAAAACUUGCAGCAUCACAAACAAAUGCACUAAUUUCACUGAGACUUCUGAACAUUCUUGUGCUACACAGCUGUGAAGUUUGUGAAUGUAUUUUAAAGUCAGCGACGGUGUAUGGUGACGGUAAUGAAGUUGACAGUGAUAAUGUAUUAGACACAAAUGAUGAAAUAGCUAAGGUAAAUGUUAGUGCGUUUCUCUUCUCGUAAAUCAUUUCCAUUUUGAUUCCUAAAAAGUCCUGGGCCUAAUUCAUAAAGUCACAGUCAACUGAUAGGAAAAAGUUCCUAAAAUCCCACCCAAUUACUUCUUUCUUUGUUAAAAUUUGAAGUGUUCAUAUAAAACAUAGGCUAAAGCUUAGCUGUUAAGACCUAUAUUUGUGUCUUGUUUCAGGUUGUAGAGUUCACAUUUUUUUUAGUAUUGUGUCUCGUCAUGUGUUUUCCACAGUUGAAUGCAUCUUAAGAUAUAUUUCCAUGUUUUUAACAAGGACGACUUUAGGUGGGUUGAAUUAGUGACUAGGUAGAGGAACCCAAUCAGAGCCAGAGUUGAUGACAUUGACAAGAGAUAGUAAAAGACCUGCUAAACAAGAUGUGACUAAUGGGCUGAUAAUUUAGAUUGGCUGUAUAUGUUAUGUCUUUUUCACUUGUGGACUAAAACCAGAGAAAAAAACACUACUCUAUAACCAACCGUACCAUACCUCUGUGGUGUAAAGUUUUUGUUAAAUUUUCUAGCAGCACAUGCCUUUUACAGUUGCUCAACUAUUGUGGGAGUGUUUUUUUAUUUUUUUUAUUUUUAUCUCUAUUUUUUUUUCUUUUUUACAGAUAUUCUCAAGUAAAGGAGACGAAGAUGGCUUCAUUCAACACCCAUUGUUCUCAAGCAUUAAAAUUGCUGCAAAAAAAGUAAUCUAUUAAUUUUCAAAUAUCUUUAGUUAGAUAGAAUUGUUAUUUUUGUUUUUAUAUGAAAAUAUACCAUAUAACUUUUUUAGUGCCUUUGCUACAUUUUUAUAAUAUACCAAUGUGAUUUUAUUUGCACCUAGGCUUAAAAAUGACUGUUGAACUGAAGAAAAUCCUCACUAUUUGAGGGUUUACUUUUGCCACAAAAUAUUUACUCUGUUGUUAAACAAAUGAAUAUAGAGAUGUUGAAAUCCUGUGUUUUACCCUUAAAAGAUGAUAUGAAUUUUGUUCCUGGUUAUUUUCUUUUAAAGAGUCCUGUGGACAUUAACUCACACAUUUCCAGUUUAGGCAAAUUGAUGGUGGAGACCUCUGUGGAAACAGGUGUGGCAAAUGAUGUCUUUAACUGAUUUUAUUUAUUUUGAAGGGUAGACAUGCUUGUUAGAAUGAUGGUCAUUGCAAAAUUGCUUCAAUAACUUCUUGAGAGUGAUAAAUAUCUUAAAGUUACUUUGAAAAUUAUGAGGCCAAAAGCUUUUUACUUGAUAUUCAUGUGGUGCUUACUGGAUAAUUUUGUUUUUCAUUCUGUUGGUUUUGAUUUCUAGAGAGGAUUGGCAAUGAGGAGAAUGUUUAUCACACAGAUUUACUGGGUUACAUGUUCAGAUUAAUAAUACCUCAACCAGUGAGUAGAAAUGCUGAAUACAAACUACAGUUAUGUCAGUAAUUCAUGCUAUGACAAAUUUGUUAAGCAAUGCAUGCAAAUAUGAGUUUUUUGAUGCUAUUGUCUGAAAAAUGUCAUCAUUCUUUGAAUUAUCAUACAUAAACCUACCACCUUUGUCAUGUAAAUCAUUUUUCAAUGGCUUCACUAUAACAUUUAAGGUCUUUUCAUGUUCUUGUCUCUCAUAAAUUGUUGCCAGAGACUAAUAGUUAGUGUAAAUAGAACUGAUUGUUCUUGUUUAGACCCCCAUGAGGGUAGAAAAGGAUUUUUAUUUUAGAGUUUUCUCUUUCUUUCUUGUGAGUUCCUUGUGUGUUCUUGUUUAUAUCACUACUACUGUCAGUGGUAGCACAGAGAUUUAGACCUGUUUAUGAUGUAUGGGAUUAUAGUUUAAGAUUUGAAUGAGUUGACAAUUAAAAGGAAGAUUGACUUAAGAGACUGAGAAUAAGUGCUGCUCGUUUAUUUAGACACACUUCUUCCUCAAGUUUCAUAUAGGUCAGUAGCACAGGGCCUGAGGGAAUGAUCUAAAGGUUUUCCAUUUGACUUUUGAUAGGAUCACUAGUAACUUAUGGCAAAAAAAUCACCUAAUUUAUGUGGUGGCAAAUUUGAUUAGUUUUUCAAGUAAUGUAUUUCUGUGAUAAGUCAAGGCAAUGUUAACAUUUUUUAUUUUUUUAAUUGAAUUAUUUAGAAUAAUUCUGUGAAUGUUGCUCAUGAUACUCUACAAGUCCUCACUUCACUGGCAAGAAAUUGUGAAGUUAAAUUCUUCCCAAGGUUUGUAAAUGCUAGAACAGUACAAUGACUUGUUAAUAAGGUAAUAACAGACACCUGAACUUGGUUUUGGGACAGCUUUGCCUAACCAUCAGCUUUAUCAAAUAACAAUAAGCUCAGCCUUGAUAAUUCUUAAAAUCACAUUCAACCUUUUCCAGUGAUAGCAAAUUAUUUGUUAUUAUCUGUAGGCUUUACAUUCAGAUUGCGAUUGUGACACCAAUGUAAGAUAAUAUGUUUUUUCUAAAAGGAAUACAAAAAUACAAUGUAAAAACAAAGUUAUUUUAUGUUUCAGACUGUUGCCGUUGUUGACUGAAAACCUUCUUUCACAUUGUCUGUCCAAAGACUGGACUCUUAACACAUUGUCUUUGGUCACAUCACUCCUAACACUUUUAACCAGAUACAGCUGUUUUCGAAGAAGACUCUGUUCCCAAUCAGGUGAAACAUCAAACAUUGUGUCAGACUCAUGUUUCUGCUUUAAGACAAGUUUUCAGUAGAGACUAUGUUGGCAAUCAAACAUUGUGAUCUUGUUUUCAUUUUGAUUUUGGCUCUGCCUCUGGUAUUUCUACUUCAGCUUGUCUAUGGACACACCUCAACAGGUUUUUGUGCAGUUGUUUAACAAACUACUCUUUGCUUAUCACACAGAUGAUUGUAUUUUACUCAAGAUUUAUCAGGGAUGGCUUUUUAAGCCGGCUAAUGCUCCUGACCUAUGCUAUCAAGGAGUUCAUUUAAAGGUACAAAACAGAAACCGUAGAAGAGCCUUUCUAAAAGUCUCCAUAUUUCAUACCUUCCAGGAAAUUUAAAUCCCAUUAUAUAUGGCUGUGGUGUGUUUUCAGUUGGAAAAGUCUUGGUUUUUUUCUUCCAAAUUGAAAUGAGUGGGGCAAAGAAAAAAACUUCCUUCUCUGAGAUCUCAGACGAACAUUCACGUCUCCUUAUGACUACAUUUCCUAUUAAAAAUAUCUCUUUUGUCAUUAUAGCACCUUAAUGAAAGCCUCACUUCUAGUGGUGAAAGCAAAGAAACUCUUAAAGUUGUUUAAUGAAAAUUGAUUUUUUUCCUCUGUUUUGCUUCUUAGAUUUGUACUUUUGUCAAUAACCUCCUUAAAAACUCAGACUCAUCAGUCUUAUUAUUUCCCUUGGAGAGUGAAUGCCACUGCAACCUUGAGGUGAAGCAAUUUUAGAGAAUUAAGUGCAUCUGCAAUAUGUAAACUUAAAUGCUACUCUUAGUACCUGUAAUAUAUAUUUUUUUCUAUCCUCUCAGAGUUGUCUAUGUACAGGUACCCUUUAUUUUUUCUGAAAUUUACGAGCAUUGGUUUGAAUCCACAGCUUCUGAGAUGAAAUGAAAAGCUUUACCAUGUCACAUGAACAAAUAAUUCAUUUUUUGCCAUAUUAAUCAAUAAAUAAUCAAUAAAUAGUGAAUAUUCCUGACUGAUGUAUUAUGGGUGUUGGUCAGCCUUGGUGUUCGAGGUACAAUGUAUGUCUGAACCCUUCUGUUUGUUGUGAGAGGGUUAUUUAUAACACUGGGUGACAAUACUCCCAAAUUCCAUAUAAGUCUUGCUUUCAAAGAGUGAGACCCAAAGUUGUCAUGGUUAUCCAUAUUAUUACAGCUUUUCUUGAUUGGUGUAUUGAUGGAAUUACCAAAUUAUUUUUCAGCUAAUCAAGUGCCUUGUAUUGAUGUUGGAUAAAGAACUGAACUCUCUCAGCCAAGUUCCAUCUGAGGCACUGACUGACCAUACACAUAACAGGUAAAUUUAUUUGUGUUGAAACCAGAGAGUGUUUGAAAUUAAAAACUUUGAAUCUAAAAAUCUUCACAAAUUGAUAUAUGAUAAUAUAUGCUACACACUUUGAGUACUUUAGAAGGCUAAGAUUUUCCUUUCCAUGGUGCUAACCUUAACCCUUGACCUAAGACCUGUGGAUUGCCGUGUUGUAGAUUUAUAUUUUAAAGUAUGGCUACAGGCCCAUAAAGUUAUCAGAACUUUUGAGAGACAGGGACCUGAUGUAAUCAGUCAGUCUAUAAUUUAUUCCACCAUGGUUUUCUUGUAACUGUGUACAAAAAUAUUCUGUUUGAUAUUUUUCUUGUCUUUUUUUCUCAAAUUUUUUUCAGCCACAGUCUAAUGUUACUGAGGCAAGGUGUGUUUCUUCUCUCCAUGUUAUGUCUCAAUGAUCGAAUGUUUGUGGAGCAUCGGGCUGAAGUAGAACAUCAGUAUGUUAAUGUUGUGAGCAGUGUUACCAGACUUUACAAGCAGAUUGUUGGUGUGAUUUCAGAGGCAGAAGGUAAUGAAAACACAGUCAGAAAAGUGAUUGAAAUAUUAAUUAAUGUAUGUAAUACUAAAAGAUUUGUCAACUAGUUGGAAUGUAUUUUCUAUACUUCUCACCUUGCUGUUUAUUAAUAUUAAUCACUUUAGUACAACUCAUCAACAGGAACUUAGCUUGGCUUUUCAUUGCAAAUGAAGCCUCAGUUGUGAUCCUUAUCAAAUAGUAAGGAAUUAGACCAGCUAUUAUGUCACUGGUUAGAGCUUUUUUAGGAGCUAAAGAAUUUUAUAAAAAUUCAAUCAGAGAAGUAGUUGCAAUCUAGGAGUUAAUAAAUAUGGCAAGGUAAUUUUGAUCAGUGAGGUUGUUGUCUACAUGAAUAGACCAGUCUGAUUAGCCAGUUUUGAUUUAUGGUAAAGAGCUCAAUCUCUGAAGUGAAAUGAACUGGCCUACUGACUAUAACUCCUUCAAACUUUUUCUGGCUCUUUUAUACAGUUGUAGCCAGUUUUUUUCCUCAGACUGCUAGAUCUUUGUGGUCUUCUGAUUCUUGGAAACUGAUUUUAAUUUCACUGUGUGUUCACAACUCUCAAUUUACAUCAUGUUUGGGUAAAAUGCUCAGUGGGAAGAUCAGGAGAGUAGGAGAAGGCAAAAAUCAUUGUGUUCUAAUUGACUUUGUCCUAUAGAAGACUAAAUUUGAUGCAAAUUACCUGACAGUGUGGCUGUGGAAUCGGUGUUGACUUAUCUCAUGUCUGUUUUUUUUUUUUUUCUCGACCAGUAUUUGCUGUCCAAGAGUUAGUUGAUUUUGAACACAUCCAGGGGAUUGAGUGGUCACAGGAAUCAGAGGAUGAAGAUGAGACUGUUGAAGGAAUGGAACUUGCUGAAUGAAAUUCAAUUUAUUCUCAUAUUUUAAUGACUGAAACCUUUCAGUCACUUUUCAGGUCUUCAUUAAUAAUUGCAGUGAUCCUUUCUGUCAACAUUGGCUGAGAGGAAAGUUUUUCGACAGAAAGAAUAAGCCAGGAUAGAGGAGAGAGCAACAUAUGUGCUUACUCGAAAAUGUGUUAGAAGGUUUUCUUCUGUGAAUGUAAUGAAACUUCUGCUUACUUUUUGUUAAGGUAAACUAUGAUUGAUCUAGCUGAUAUCUGAUCCAUAUGCUCUGACGAUUAACCAAGGUUAAGAAUUUCAGGUUUCUUGUAAUGAAGUGAGGUUUCCUCAUGCUAGGUAUAGGAGUGUUGUGCAAG